AUUUUACCAUGAUGGGGUCAGUGAAGAGAAUAUAAAUGUGAAGCAGAUAGACGGAUACUGUUUACUUACUUGUAUCUUGUGUCUCUACCUGAGAUAUACUGCUUUUGUGCCUUGACCCACCUUCUAUGUUGAAAGAUGUCACUCUGGAGCCAGCUGCAGCUGCUGGACUCUCUGUAUUUAGAGCAGGUAGACCAGCUUUACGAUGAGGCUUUUCCAAUGGAAAUCCGACAGUAUCUCAGUCAGUGGAUUGAGAGUCAUGACUGGGAAUCCGUUGCAAGUAACGUGUCUUUGGCAACCCUGCGCUUCCAUGAACUCUUGAACCAACUGGAUGAGCACUACAGCCGUCUCGGCCUAGGGAACAACUUUCUUUUACAGCAUAACAUACGCAAAAUCAAGCGCAACCUACAGGAGCACUUCCAGGAGGAUCCUGUUCACAUGGCUAUGAUCAUAGCUAGCACUCUGAACGAAGAGAGAAAGAUACUGCAAGCUGCACUUAGUUCUCAAGCUACAGGUGGCUCAUCAACGGGGAGUAUCACGAUGGAACAGCAAAAUGUGUUGGGCAAUAAAGUCAACAAUUUGAAAACGACUGUGCAGGAAAUAGAACAGAAUAUUCAGGUUCUGGAGGAUGUGCAAGAUGAGUACGACUUCAAGAGAAACACCCUGCAAAGUCGAGUGGAACACGAAAUGAACGGCCAGAUAACAAAAGAGAUCCAGCAGGAGGAAAUGGCAAUUAAACAAAUGUUUGUUGGGCUGAGUAUGAAAAGACAGUUGGUGAUAAAAGACAUCGCUAAUGCACUGACUCUAGCGGAGCAGAUCCAGCUCACACUCAUAUCAGAUGAGUUACCUGAGUGGAAGAAGAGACAGCAGAUGGCUUGCAUCGGUGGGCCACCGAAUGCCUGUCUGGACCAAUUGCAGAGCUGGUUCACGGUGGUGGCGGAGUGUCUGCAGCAGAUCCGUCAGCAGCUGAAGAAAGUUCAAGAAUUGGUGCAGAAAUUCACCUACAACAACGACCCCCUCACUCUGGGCAAGAGCCAGCUGGAUGAGCAGGCUCUUUCACUCUUCAGAAACAUUAUAUUAAAUUCUCUUGUGGUGGAGAGACAGCCUUGUAUGCCUACACAUCCUCAGAGACCCUUGGUGAUAAAAACAGGAGUUCAAUUCACAGUCAAGAUCAGAUCACUAGUUAAACUCCCUGAACUGAACUGUCAGCUCAAAAUAAAAGUCUCUAUUGACAAAGAUUUAACAGAGAAAGACACAGUAAAAGGAUGUAGGAAAUUCAACAUUUUAGGAACGUUUUCUAAAAUUAUGAACUUAGAGGAAUCCAGUGGAUGUCUAGCAGCUGAAUUUCGUCAUUUGCAAUUGAAAGAGAUGAAAUGCAACAACAGAACCAAUGAGGCUCCUCUCAUCAUUUCUGAGGAGCUGCAUAUACUUAACUUUGAAACGGAACUCAUUCAGCCAGAACUGUGUGUUGAUUUAUCGAUCACAUCUCUUCCUAUUGUGGUGAUCUCCCACGUGAAUCAGUUACCUAGCGCUUGGGGCUCCAUUUUAUGGUACAACAUGUGCUGCAGUGAACCCCACAAUCUGACGUUCUUCUUAAAUCCGCCACCAGUGAAAUGGGGGCAGUUUUCGAAGAUCUUAAGCUGGCAGUUUUCUUCUGUGACUAAACGAGCGCUAAACUCUGAGCAGCUGACAACACUAGCUGACAAACUUCUUGGUCCUGAAGCCCAAGGCGACCAUGAAGGACUCAUCAACUGGAAUACAUUUUGUAAGAUGUCUCCUAAUGAGAGGGGUGUACCAUUCUGGCUGUGGAUAGAUGGAAUUUUAGACCUUAUUAAAAGACACCUGCUCAACAUCUGGAAUGAUGGGUAUAUUAUAGGGUUUCUGAGUAAAGAGCGAGAGAAAGCUUUGCUGAGAGACAAACUCCCGGGCACUUUCCUUCUGCGCUUCAGUGAAACCUGUAGAGACGGAGGAAUCACCAUCACAUGGGUGGAGUGUUCACAGGAUGGUGAACCUAAGACGCAUUCAGUGAAGCCCUACACUAAAUCAGAUCUUGCGUCCAUUUCCUUGCCUAACGUCAUCCGCGACUACACCCUCACUGCUGCAGAGAAGAUUCCAGUCAAUCCCCUCAUCUACCUUUUCCCAGAUAUUCCAAAAGAGGAAGCCUUUGGUCGCUACUAUACCAGCUCUUCUGAUGAUACAGAAGAGAUGGAGAUAGACACACCUAGGUCAUAUAUCAGGCCAUAUAUUGGCAGACGCAUGAUUUCUGUGUCAAAUGAACCUUUUUCAAGACCCCAUAAGUGUUAGAGGAAAAGUAUAUGAGGAAAGUUUCUCCACCAGUGCAUCCAAAUUUAAUCCAGAGCUUUUUAUGAAGGAAAACAAAUCUUUUUUUAGAAGGAUUGUAUCUGGCACACAGAUAUCUGUUAUGAAUAAUGGAAACAAAUAGUGAGACCCAAAUGAUUUGUUUUUGCGUGGAUUUUCUCUGUACUAUAUUAGUGGAUCUACUACAUUUAUUUUCCACUUGUGUGAAGAAGAGGAGCCAUUUUCUUCUGUCAUGUUACAGAAUACACUUAAAACAGUGUAAUCCUGUUCUUUUUGUUAUUUUGUUUGUUUGUUUUUAUAUAAAAAACAUAUGAUAAAGAAACUUGCAUGUUGCAUGGAUUUAAAUUUUCUGUAGUCACUCAGAUAAAGAUACUGUUGUAAUGGAUAUACAAAUACUCUGAAAAGCUGUUUCUGUGAAGACAUCUGUUGUGAAAAGGACAUUCUUCUCCAUCGUGUGAAGCUCUUAUUUAUUUUUGCACAUUUACAUACAAUUGCCUUAAUUGCACAUGUACACAGACACCAGCCAGAUAUUGUCGGAAAUAAGCGGAAAUAAAACUCAACAUACUUUCUACAGUCAGAGAUAUUGCUACAUAUCCAAGCCAGGUACAACAGAUAGUGUUACAUAAUGUGAAGUACUAAUAAAGACUAUUAAAUGUUUUGUGUUCAUGUAUUAUACUCAUGUAUUUGUCUUUUUCAUCCAUCUUUUUCUCCCGAUGGCAAUCUUUAUGAAGCUUAAAGAUAAAGUAUGCAAGUCUGGUGCUAAACAGAUCUGAAUAUAUAAUGAUUGUUUCCAAACAUGUCAAAAGCCUGCAUUUCUAAUUCUUUGAGUGUUUUUACUACUUUAUAUUACUUUUGUAUUUCAUACUAAUCCAAGAUAAAUAAAUGAAAUGACUGUAUUGAA